AUGUCCUGCAGGCAGAUCCUGGCCCUUCUGGGCGCUCUGGUGGGCCUGGGCGCCACCAUCGGCGCCACCGUGUCCAACGAGUGGAAGACCACGAGCCGCGCCUCGUCCGUCAUCACCGCCACAUGGGUGUUCCAGGGGCUGUGGAUGAACUGCGCCGGGAACGCAAUGAGCAACAUGGCCACGGAGAUCCUGGCCUUCAUCCUGAGCGUUUCGGGCUGGGUGCUCAUCUCCUCCACCUUGCCCACGGACUACUGGAAGGUGUCCUCCAUAGACGGCACGGUAAUCACCACCGCCACGUUCUGGUCCAACCUGUGGAAGACCUGCGUCACCGACUCCACCGGGGUCUCCAACUGCAAGGACUUCCCCUCCAUGCUGGCGCUGGAUGGGUACAUCCAGGUGUGCCGAGGCCUCAUGAUCUCAGCGGUCUGCCUGGGAUUCUUCGGCUCCGUCUUCGCCCUGGUCGGCAUGAAGUGCACCAAGAUCGGCGGCUCCGACAAGACCAAGGCCAGGAUCGUCUGCCUGGCGGGAUUCAACUUCAUCUUGAGCGGUCUCUGCUCUUUGACAGCGUGCUCCCUGUACGCACACCGAAUAACCUCCGAGUUUUUCGACCCCAUGUUCAUCGCUCAGAAGUUUGAGCUGGGAGCGGCGCUGUUCAUUGGCUGGGCAGGGUCUGUCCUCUGCAUUUUAGGAGGCGUGGUUUUCUGCUUCUCCAUGGCGGAGGGCUUCACUGAGAGUCGGCCGCAGUAUACGUACGCCGGAGCGCCCUCUUUCGUGUCCUCGCACCCCAAAACCAACGCCAAGGCCAAGCCCAGCGCCCCCAAGGGCUCGCCGGACUACAGCGACUCCUCCCGGCAAUUCGGAAAGAACGCCUACGUGUAGCCAAUCACGCCAGAGGAGGGGGCGCAAAGGGGAGCGGUCUUUCAGUCUGAUGGACGCAAACACAGCCACCGGUCGCCCCUUUUCUAUGGACAUGAGUUUGACUGGAACAUCAAGUGUACAGGAAACAGAGUCUAUGUAUGUAUCCAGUAACGGACACAGGUGCAGAGACACAGGAAAAGGACUAAUGGGGGUCUGGGAAAUGUGCAGUCGCAACACGGUUUAAAUACACAGGGCCCGAUUUACUGAGGUUGCAACUGCUUUUCCAAUGUAAAUGCAGGCGCUACAAGAUAGCAAUAUCUAUGUCUGACUUACUAAUCGGUCACAACGGGUGAAAAUCACAAUUAGCAUGUGAUUUGCUGGGAUUAAAUCUCUCUCCUUUUGC